AUCCCCUCAUUGACUGUUGCUCUGCCUCACUCACAGACUCACUGACUGACUGAACCCCAUCAGGGACACAGCGUGCAGAGAGGAUUUUACAGUAACUUCAUCACCUCCGCGUCUCGUUCCUCCUCCACCCUCCGCUCCGUCACCUCAGCUCCACCAUGAAGGAGAGGAGACUCACGCAGCCGUGUGUGGCGAGGUGUAAGCUGGUGCUGGUCGGGGACGUCCAAUGCGGUAAAACUGCGAUGUUACAAGUCCUGGCAAAGGACUGCUAUCCAGAGACUUACGUCCCCACUGUGUUUGAGAACUACACAGCCUGCCUGGAGCUGGAGGAGCAGCGUGUCGAGCUCAGCCUUUGGGACACAUCAGGUUCUCCGUAUUACGACAACGUCAGACCCCUCUGCUACAGCGACUCAGACGCAGUGCUUUUAUGCUUCGACAUCAGCCGACCAGACACAGUAGACAGUGCGCUGAAGAAGUGGAAAGCGGAGAUCCAGGACUUCUGUCCCAGCACGCGGAUCCUGCUAAUAGGCUGCAAGACAGACCUGCGCACAGACGUAUGCACGCGCAUGGAGCUGUCCAAUCAGAAACAGACUCCCAUCUCCUAUGAGCAGGGUUCGUCCAUGGCCAAGCAGCUCGGAGCGGAGACUUACCUUGAGUGCUCUGCCUUCACGUCAGAAAAGAGCAUCCACAGCGUUUUCCGUACUGCGGCUCUGGCCUGCAUGAACAAACUCCAGGCUGCCAACAAGCCCAGCCCCGUCCGCCGCCUCUCCAAGAGACUCCUACACCUGCCCAGCAAGACAGAGCUGCUCUCCUCCACCUUCAGCAAGGACAAGUCCAAGAGCUGCUCUAUCAUGUGAAUACUGCUGAGAUCAUACUGGGGGAAAAAAAAAAGAAGGAGAGCAAGGAAGAGGAAAUUGAUGCCAGGGUGUGCAAGGGAAAGAGAGCAACGAUCAUCUCUCUCUCCUUCGCAGCAUCCUCCCCAAAACCAUCCUGUGAGCCACCUCGGCUGCUUCGACACCCUCUUUGUUCAACUCUGACUCUUCGAUCCGACCUGUCACCAGCACACCGUCCAGGGGGCAGAGUUAAAAAAUGUUUGAUGUUGAAAAUGUUUCUGAUCGUUUAAAUAUACUUGUAGAAAAGAGAGCAAACAGGCACUCUGAUGUCUGUUAGAUUCGUCUCAUAUAGCGACGCAGCUUGUAUAAUGUUCCUCUUGUCUACGAGGAAGCGGUUGUAAACGCUGACUGCAUUAACCUGAUGAGACCCAUUUGAAAUUCUCAUAGCGGCGCCCUCUCCCAUCCAUCUCCUUAUCUGAAUGUCUCCUUAAGGUCACGAUAUCGGCUGAGAUGAAAUGUAAAAAUUUAACAGUGACAGGAAGCGGUAUCUACAGAAAUGCUGCUCAGGGAAUUUAAACCAGCGCUCCUUGAAGACAUUACUCCCCCACCCCCCCACCGAACCCUUGCAGGGUUUCAUUUGGAAAUUAAAGCUGACAGUGGAGAAAAACGGGGGAGAGAAGGGAGGGAUUUGGCAAGCGAGAGUGUUUAUUUGCCAAGGCGGUGGGAGGACAAAAGUGAGUGCAACAUCUAAAGGAGCGCAAUGUGACUCAGCACUCACAUGAGCUGCAAAACGGUCCAUCGUGGACGUGUUGUGACAAAAAAACAACACAAAACCCCCGAGCCUUGUAAAGACUCUCUUGAGCAUGAUUUUGUCAGGUCCCCUUUCAUCACCCAUCACCACUGCAGUCUUAAUUGUUCAAUGUUAUUAACCGUAAAAAAGGCUUGAUUUUAGUGACGCAUCGUCUCAUUGUUCCUGGCUACUUCACCGGCCGCUUAAUGGGUCCCAGUUUUUGAUAUAUGUUCCAGAACAAAGAUUUCUUUUUUACACAAGCCAAACCAGACUGAUUUAUUUUAAGGAGUCAUAGAAAUCUUUGUUUUUGAAUCCUCUGUCUCACAGAUAUUGCAAGACAAAUAGUCCUCAACUCUAAACUUGGACUGUAAAUGUGUUGUGUGGGCCUGCUUCAGUGAGCUCCAGGUGCUGGUUCAGGAUGAAUUUCUCAUUGUUAACAGUUAUCUAAGAUUCCCCAGCUGACAUUUCCAGCCUGGAAAGCGGCAUUAACACUAAAUGUCCCUGAGAUGAUCAGUGGGAAGGUUGAGUUGAAUAACACAAUUACACAGGCUGGACCUGUUUGGAGAAAGAGUUUUCUUUUUACGCUUUAUAGAUAUUCUGAUUUUAUUUUUGCAACUUCCCAGAAAUUUUUUCUUGACCUUGUCUAUUUGUUAAAGGGUCACUGCACCAAUUUUACACAUACAUGUGUGUGUUUGCAGGUCUUGAGAAAUACUCCUGUAAGAAAAGUUGUAUAAAGCCUUCUGUGGCUCCAGGAAGCUCCAUGUAUCUGACAGAAAGCCUCUAGUGAUGUUAAGUUGCAUUGUGGGUAAUGUCUUUGUUUAUGAGUUCAUACGGUUGCCUUUUCACUAGUAAUUGAGUAGUCUAUAGUAAUUGUACUUUUUGGACUCUUACAGACGCCCUCUCCACCUCCCUACACUUGUAUUAUGAGCGUCAUUUACUUGCCCAAAAAAGUGAAGGAUUGAUUUGAUUGCAAGCAUUUUUCCUCUUCAAAUUUCUAUAGAUAUCGUGAUAAUAACAUUAUUGUGAAUUAGUUUGGCCAUGAUGAUUGUGUGGUUAAAGAUCUGAUGUUGUGACAGCCCUAAUUUCUAAUUUAAUGGUGCCUACAUUACCCACAAUGCAACUAAGCAACUGAAUGACAUAACUGGAGUAAAUUUAGAUUACAUUCGGCGUCCUCUAGAGCAACAUGAAGGCUUUCUACUACUUUUUUCACACAUGCAGUAGUACUCAGUAGUAACACACUUUAAUGUGUAAAAUUGGUGAUGUUGUCCUUUAAGUAGCUUUUUUUUAAUGUUUCUAUUUGCCCAUGGAUCUCUUUCAAUGUUUUUUGUAGCUGUUGAUGUUGUUCACUUGAGUCUUCUGGCAUUAGCAGCUGUUGACAGCUCGGCUAAUGGAGAACUUGAUGAUUAGUAGGUCCGCACCAAGAAGCCCGGAGAUCUCUGGAUGUACAGAACACUGGGAUUUCACGUGUUGCUUAGCAACAGUGUGAGCUGGGCUCCUGCCUCACGGAGAGAGAGAGAGAGAGAGAGAGGGAUGGUUCUCCGAGAGGGCGCCUCACCUUUUAUUUGUAGCAUUAGACAGAAGCCACUGCGAAGGUGACGGCUGGACAUUUUCAGGGAGCAGCGGACUGCUCAUGAUCUCGACAUGGUUUUAAAGACCGCACGCUGGUCGCAGCCACGAGUGGGUUGUUGGGAAACAGCAUGACAUCUAAAACAUGUCUUCUGUAGCUCUGCUUCAGUCUUUAUUUUUUCACUUCUUACUCCUAUCUGGUGCAUUGUGCUUUUCUAAACGAACUCCAUUUGGUUCCAUACGGAGCCACCAUUUUACAGUUUCUCUCUUGCUUGUUUUGUUGUACAUAUCUUCCUCAUAAAACUGUUUAUUAGAAAUCCCUUAAAAGAAUGUUACUGAAGCAAAAGAAAAUGUUUAUGUCAAGUUGCCUGUUGUGGCUUAAAUUAUUGACUGAAUUCUGUAUUUGUUAUCGUCAUAUGUUUCCUUCCUUAAAUCUUUAUUUAAAUAAAUAUGUCUGAAGUUAAUUUACAGUCAGUGUUUUUUUCUGUGUUAAAUUUUAAGGUACAGUCGAGACCUUAAUGGAUGUAUCGAUCAAUGGUUAUGAAGAAAAUAAACAUUGUGGCUAAAUACUAGGGUUCCACAAUUAAAGAAGACCUAUCACGC